AUGACGAUGGUGAAACAGAUGAGACAGGGCAUACAGAUGACAAUGGCAACCCUCAUUUUUUUCAAAAAAGAUAAUGAGGUAGAGUGUGAGAUGAGUGACAAUGUAAGUGAAGGCGAACCUGUUAAUGAUGACAUGGGGGAAAAUGAAGAUGAUGAGGCCGAUGUUGAUAUUGAUUUACCAAAUAUAUUCAAUGAAGAGCAAGCCUGAAAGUGUGAGACAAACACAAGAGUCAGUGAACAUGGAGAGGGUGGGGAAGAUGUUGAAAUGGGUGAUGAUGAUAGGGAAGAUGUUGAAAUGGUUGAUGCUGAUGGUCCAAAUAACAGGUUUAAUGAGCAGGAAGUGCAUUUUGGUAAAGUGGAACAACCAAGGCUGAGGUAA